AUCCUAGGUCAAUAAUAAACAAAAAUAUGGGUUUAUUAUUUUCACGAUUGUGGAGCUAUUUUACUCAUGAAGAACACAAAUUAGUGAUCAUAGGUCUGGACAAUGCAGGAAAAACAACUAUAUUAUAUCAAUUUCUUAUGGAAGAAGUGGUUCAUACAUCGCCAACACUGGGAUCCAAUGUCGAAGAAGUUGUCUGGAAGAACAUACACUUUGUUAUGUGGGAUAUCGGCGGCCAGGAGUCCAUCAGACAGGGCUGGCAAACAUACUACGCAAACACGGAAUUUAUUAUACUUGUUGUCGACAGUACUGACAGAGAGAGGAUAGGCAUCAGUAAGGAAGAGCUGUGGAAAAUGUUGGCCCACGAAGAUCUACGAAAGGCUGGUGUACUCAUCUAUGCCAACAAACAGGACGUCAAAGACUGUAUGACUGCCGCACAGAUAUCCAAAGAGCUUAAUCUGACGGCCAUUAAGAAACAUAAGUGGCAAAUACAGGCCUGUUGUGCCCUUACUGGAGAAGGACUAUAUCAAGGCUUAGAGUGGAUCGUAUCGCAGCUGAAGAGUCGAUAACUACCAGUGCUCUUAUGUGACUCCAAUUAAUUAAUUUUUAAUGCCAUUUAAUAUCAUAUCGACGACUACGAGGCGACCACAAUGACAGCUACACACACACAAUAAAUGUGUAUUAAAUAUAUGAUUGUAAUGGGUUUUAUAUUAGAUAUAUAUUAUAUAUAUAUAAGGAAA